GUCCUAAUGGUUGUCCGCGCCGGCGCGGUCGUCAAACUUACACACGCUUCCAAACUCUUGAAUUGGAGAAAGAGUUCCACUUCAAUCACUACUUAACACGCCGGCGAAGAAUCGAAAUAGCUCAUGCGCUUUGUCUCACUGAACGUCAGAUAAAGAUCUGGUUCCAGAAUCGGCGAAUGAAGUUGAAGAAGGAACUACGCGCAGUCAAAGAAAUUAACGAACAGGCCCGACGCGAUCGCGAGGAACAAGAAAAGAUGAAAGCUCAAGAGUCCAUGAAAUCCGCCCAACAAAAUGCCAAUAAACAGGUGCAACAGCAGCAGCAGCAGCAACAACAACAGCAGCAGCACCAGCAACAGCAGCAACAAGAUCAUCACUCCAUCAUUGCACACAAUCCAGGACAUUUGCAUCAUUCAGUGAUCGGACAGAAUGACCUGAAACUGGGUUUGGGCAUGGGUGUUGGUGUCGGCGCGGGUGUUGGCGUGGGCGCUGGUAUUGGCAGCAAUUUGGGCAUGAUGAGCGCGCUGGACAAGAGCAAUCACGACCUGCUCAAGGCCGUCAGUAAGGUAACUUCGUAAAUGCAUCAGCGGCAGCAGCAACAGCUAUGCAGCAGUGCAGUGAUUGAACAGGCGGCAGCAAUGGGCCGUCGCUUCCCAGUUGACCACUGAUUUAAGCUUGAUAAGAAGGCAGGAAAACAAAACGAAAGAUGAUAACUUAAAUACGUAAACACUUUACAUAGUAAAUUAGUAACAUAAGUCUACCAACUACCGUACAUACAUAUUUACUUAGUAAUUUAAAAUACAUUAAAAUCGUAUAUAUGUAUAUACAUAUACAAG